GCCCAGGUCGAAGUGCAUACUGCCAGAGAAUUAAGAUCUGAAAACAAGCUCCGCUUUCAGUCCAUUCGACUUCCCUUGCCGUCUCCCCUCCUCUCACCCUGCUCCCUUGCUCCGCACCUCUCCCUUCCGGCAGCUAACUCUACCGGAGCCGGAGGCCUUUUAUCCUGCUAACGAUACAUUACGUAGAGUGCCCUUGUCGGGUCGGGUCUCCUGCACCCUAGAAGCUAUUUUACCCCUAGGUUUUGGUGUGGCCUGCCUUUGUAACAUUUGCUUGUAUCAAGGAGUUCAGGCGAUGGCUGCUAAGCGUAAUAUUCGUUAUAGCCGGCUUGCCACGGAUGAAGAUGAUGAAUAUUAUGGCAGGGAUUCAAGACAACCUGACCGCCGAUUUGACUACUCACCAAAGUCUCUAGAUCGAGUACCAUGGAAGUCUCUUGCCCUUGCAGUUUUUCUACUUUUACUUGGAUGUCUUCUUCUCCUGCUGUCAAUCUUCAUUCUCACUGGUCAUAUGGCAGGAGACCAUUCCCAAGCAUAUGGCCUUUUAGGACUCGGGGUUUUAACCUUUCUCCCAGGCUUUUAUGAAACACGAAUUGCGUACUAUUCAUGGAGGGGCGCUCAAGGUUAUCGGUUUGCUUCUAUUCCUGAUUACUGACUACGUUUUUACGUCGUUUGAUUAGCCAUACUUGUAUGUGGAUUAGCUUUGGCUUUUUGCCUUUUGUAAUUAGAGUUGAGGUGUGAUUGAACGAACCAGUGGCUUGGUGGUGUUCAUAUGCAACAUUCUCAAGUAAUAAGAAAAUAUGAUUAUCUUACCUUUUUCCUCUUCAAUGUUUGUCUGUAUUUACACCGGAGUAUUUAAUAUGGAAUACUCCGGCAGUUUUAACUUCUUGUUUUGCAUGAGCUCUUAUACUCUGUUUUGUCCCAAAAUAAUUUACACUUUUGCUA